AUGCUGUUACAGAAAUCCGGUUGCUUGGGCAUGCGCGAAGGUCGCUGCUCGUGGCCGCGAGGGCGCGUGGUCGGCGGUUCAUCCGUGCUGCACUCCAUGAUGCAUACCAGAGGCAACCGACAAGAUUACGACCGCUGGGCAGCUUUAGGAAACCCAGGAUGGGACUACACAUCGGUGUUGAAAUAUUUCAAGCGAUACGAAAACAUCCAAGUGCCAGAAUUGAGGAAAGACACAGUUUACCAUUCUACCAGAGGAGAGAUGCAUCUUCAACACCCUAACUGGAGAACACCACUCUCUGAUGCGUUUCUCCAAGCAGGAGUUGAAACUGGGGGGAAGAUUGUAGAUUACAAUGGUGAGAAGCAAAUAGGGUAUUCCAUCAUACAGUUUACAAUGCAAAAUGGAACACGAAUGAGUGCAAGUCGGGCUUUUCUCCACCCCAUAAAACGUAGAUCCAAUUUCCACAUCGUUAAGAACGCAAUGGUGACGCGUGUCCUCAUAGAUCCUCAAACUGGAAGAGCGUAUGGUGUCAAAUACCAUAAAGGUGGACAACGGUAUGCAGUCACGGCAACUCGAGAGGUAAUCCUGUCCGCUGGUGCCAUCAAUACUCCUCAACUAUUAAUGCUAAGCGGAAUUGGACCGAAAGAACAUUUGACUGUAAUGAACAUUAAUACAUUCGUCGAUUUACCCGUCGGCUACAACCUCCAAGACCAUUGGGCUUUAGGAGGCUUGACUUUUCUAAUCAACACAACAGCCUCAAUAAGAUUCGAAAGGGUAGUUAGUAUCAACAAUAUUCUAGACUAUUUCACGGAUCAUAACGGGCCUUUAUCAGCGCCAAGUGGUACUGAAGCACUAGCUUUCAUAGACACUAAAAACCCUGACGAUACUAACGGAUAUCCUGACUUGGAAUUGCUUUUCGUAGCAGGAUCUUUAGUCAGUCAACCGACAUAUAAAUCUGCCUUUAAAAUUGAUGACCACAUAUACGACACAGUCUACGGACCAAUAAAAGAUCGUGAUACCUGGAUGGUGUUUCCAAUGAUUCUCCUCCCCGAAUCGAAAGGACGUAUAAAGUUAAAAAACAAAAACCCUUACACAAAACCUUUAAUCUACGCAAACUACUUCACAGACGACGGUCACGAUGAAAAGAUCAUUCUACAUGGUAUAAGAAAAGUCAUAGAACUAUCACAAACUCGCGCGUUCCAAAGAUAUGGCAGCAAACUUCACGAUAUACCACUACCAAAUUGCGCGCAUCACAGAUUCAACUCCGAUGAUUAUUGGUUCUGCACUAUGAAAACUAUAACAAACACUAUUUACCAUCACUGUGGAACAGCUAAGAUGGGACCUAGAAAUGACCCUGAAGCUGUAGUAGAUCCAAGAUUAAGGGUAUAUGGUAUAAAAGGACUGAGGGUAGUAGAUGCUAGUAUCAUGCCAUUUGUACCGGCAGCGCAUACUAAUGCACCUACUAUGAUGAUCGCUGAAAAGGCCGCUGAUAUGAUUAAGGAAGACUGGGGGAUUCGGGUUUAA